AUGGCCUCUUGGUCAGUAGGCAACUUGUUUCACUUUUGGCUGGGAGCUAAUGCAGAAAAUGUUCUGCAGCACUCCUUGCGUCCUGGGCUUGUUUUGCAGAAUCUUCUUAUAUGUGUCAUCCUCUUUUACACCAUGUACUAUGCAGUUCUGGGCAUGUGCUGCAUGAUGCUCAAGGUGUAUGAGUUGGAUGUCCUGGCACCAUUUGAUUUCAAAACAAACCCCUGAUGGCUCAACAAAAUUAUAAAGGUAAUUGUUCUUCUAGUCUCAACACAGGUCACCUACUUUGUUUGCGGAUUGCUUUUCGUUCUGGUUGUAGAAGAAUGGGUCUGGGAUUAUGCUAUUUCAGUCACUAUUCUUCAUGUUGUCAUCACUUCCACAGUUAUGUUGGAAUUCCCCUUGACAUCACAUUGGUGGGCUGCUUUAGUGGCUGCUGUAGUGGACAAUGUAGAUCUCGAGGCUCUCCUUCCCAUUUACAAGGAGAAAAUAGUACCAUCUGCAGAUAUUAUAAUUCCCAAUCAGGCUGAGAAGAGAAGUCACCGGCUGAAAGGCCCUAGCCGCACCGGAGACAGCCGAGCAUGCUCAGUAGCCGGGCCGCUUCCUGAGCUCCCCGCGAGCUCCAGCUUGCCCUGGGCUCCGCGAAGCGCCGGGGCUGUGCCGCAGCUGGUCCUCGUUCCUGGAAAGCUGCUCUCUGCCCAGUAA